GUGGAUCAGUGCUCUGCGUGCUUCUCACCUGAUCUGCGUGGAUAACACCAUUCACCUGUGUCGAAACGCAUCGCGUUGCGCUUUGGAGGCAGAAUGCGGCGCGUUUUCAUGCGCCGUUUGGACACGGGAAACUAUCACAGUUAGUUUGGAUCCAGGCUCGGGCUCUGGGGUCCCUGAUGUCUCCAUCUGACGCCCCGCAGCUGCUUUCCUUCACAUGACAGACGCGCAGCAGCAGCAGCAUCACAGGAUCGCGCGUCUCGUUGCGCACAGUGAGCCGCGCGGCGCGUCAGCCGGACACUGAAGAUCUGGACACUUGCGCGCUCGCUCCGUUUGGAUCUAGUGGAUAAAAUGCUUUGAAUGGAUACGGGAUCGGCAUAUUUGAGGAUACUCAGUGCGUCUCUUGGAUCUGUAAAUGUUUCCUGAUUUACUGGGAAUUUGGCUUUUCUCUGAAGCGCUGGUCUGCAUGGGCCACAUUUAAGCUUCCCCCGAAGGAACUGGGUCUAAAAUGAAGUUAUGGGACAUUAUAGCCACGUGUUUGUUGCUCCUGACCUCCGUUUCCGCACGUCCCCUCUUCCACAAGCUGCAGCCGUCCAAAAGAGCCUUCGGUGAGACCCCCGCUCCGGACCCCACCAUAGACUCUCGACCUGAAACCACAGACCUUAAACAAGCCUUCAUGGAAGAACAAUAUGAUGCAAACAGUCUUUACCCGGAGCAGUUCGAGGAUGUCAUGGACUUCAUCCAAGCGACUAUCGGCCGAUUGCGGCGCUCCCCGGAGUCAGACGGAGGGUCUCAAGGGAAGAGGGACAGAGGGCGUCAGCGAGGAGCUACAAACGGCAAGAGGAGCAUCCGGGGUCGCGGAGACAAAAAGAGGAGUCGUGGACGAGGCGGCGGCCGAGGGGGGAAGGAAAGUCGAGACGAGAGGGUCAAAGGUCCCGGGCGUGGAUGCCUGCUGAAAGAGAUCCACCUCAACGUGACGGAUCUGGGCUUGGGCUACAGCACCAAAGAGGAGUUGUUAUUUCGGUACUGUAGCGGACCCUGUUAUGACUCUGAGACCAAUUACGACAAGAUCUUGAACAACCUCACCCACAACAAGAAGCUGGACAAAGAAACGCCCUCAAGGACUUGCUGUCGGCCGAUCGUGUUCGACGACGACAUCUCGUUCUUGGACGACAGCUUGGAGUACCACACACUAAAGAAACAUUCCGCUAAAAAGUGCGCCUGCGUCUGACCCGCCGACCGAGCGGACUACAGCGAGAGUCAGGGUGUCGAGCGUUGAGAAACGCUUUCGUGUUGGACCUGCUGGGAAACAAAGACGACGGAGCGAGGUUUGAGAGAUCUGUGAUGUGUUGUAGAACUGGCCUCCAGCCGAUCAGCGUUCAUGAUACCAAAUCACAAAAUGUCCCCUAAAAGGACAGCUUAUAGAUAAAGUCAAAAAUCAGAAGUCAUUUACACAAACAGAGUACGAAACUUGGAUUUUUACGUUACGCUGUAGAUGAACGAGCGGUCACCUCACACCCUGUGGACAGACACGAAUACAUCCACAACAACAGACUUCAGAUCUUUAAUAUCCAGAAAGUUAUCUAUAUAUAUAUAUAUAUAUAUAUAUAUAGUAUAUAUGAAUAUGUAUUUAUUGAGAUUUAAUUAAGUUAUUGUUAUUUAUUGCAAUCCAUUGUAUAAGAGUGUUUUUUCUUAUUUAUUUUAGAAAGUUAUUUGGUUCUCUGUCUUGGAUGGUGCCAAAUUGGAGCAUGUGUUUCUAAAGUCAAGCAGUUCACCCAAAAAUCGACACUAUAAAAAUGCUGGUUGUUUUAUCAUAAAAUAUGGAUCAACCCAACGCUUGGUUUAACGUUACCUAGAAUGUCAUGUUUUUGUCUUUUUUUGACGCAACCAUGGAUUUAAACAAACCAACAUAGGUUCAUUCAUACCCAACAGUUCACUAUAAAAAAUAAUUUUA